AUGUACUGCUUUUGCAGCAAGUUGUUGAAUAUAGUUUGUGUGUACCUGGAAUGCUUUAAGGGAAGCUGGGCUACUCACAAGUUAUUACACAAGAAAGCAAAAGAUGAAAAAGCUAAGCGUGAAGUUUCCUCUUGGACACUGGAAGGUGAUGUGAACACAAAUCCCUGGUCUGGUUAUCGAUAUACUGGUAAACUCAGGCCACACUAUCCACUGACACCAACAAGACCUGUGCCAAGCUAUAUUCAGAGGCCAGAUUAUGCUGAUCACCCACUAGGAAUGUCUGAAUCGGAACAGGCUUUAAAAGGAACCUCUCAAAUAAAAAUACUCUCUUCUGAAGAUAUAGAAGGGAUGCGAGUAGUGUGUAGGCUUGCUAGAGAAGUAUUGGAUGUUGCUGCCAUGAUGGUGAAAGCAGGUGUAACUACUGAAGAAAUUGAUCAUGCUGUCCAUUUAGCUUGUAUUGCAAGGAAUUGCUAUCCUUCUCCUCUGAAUUAUUAUAAUUUCCCUAAGUCAUGUUGUACAUCAGUUAAUGAAGUGAUCUGUCAUGGAAUUCCUGACAGGAGACCAUUGCAGGAGGGAGAUAUUGUUAAUGUGGAUAUUACUGUCUACCGUAAUGGCUACCAUGGAGAUCUGAAUGAGACAUUUUAUGUUGGAGAAGUUGAUGAGGGUGCAAGGAGGCUUGUCCAAACAACAUACGAAUGCCUAAUGCAAGCCAUCGAUGCAGUAAAACCUGGUGUUCGGUACAGAGAGCUGGGAAACAUUAUUCAGAAACACGCUCAAGCAAAUGGAUUUUCAGUGGUUCGGAGUUACUGUGGGCACGGAAUCCAUAAACUUUUCCAUACAGCCCCUAAUGUGCCACAUUAUGCCAAAAAUAAAGCGGUUGGAGUCAUGAAACCAGGUCAUGUAUUUACAAUUGAACCAAUGAUCUGUGAAGGUGGUUGGCAAGAUGAAACAUGGCCUGAUGGCUGGACUGCAGUAACGAGGGAUGGGAAGCGAUCUGCCCAGUUUGAGCACACCCUCCUGGUCACCGACACAGGCUGUGAGAUCCUGACUCGGCGGCUGGACAGUAUUCGUCCCCAUUUCAUGUCUCAGUGAUAGUCUAGACUGAGCAGGUGGAUCUGAAAGAUAAUUUUUUUUGUGUCUCUGUACUAUGCAUUUUUUUUUAAGAGUACAGAAUAGAGAGAUUUUGUCAUUUACUUGUUCUCAGUGAUUGUAGGUAAGAGGAAUAUCUUGAAGAAC